GAGAACCGGUUUUGGGGUGCCAUUACCUCAGGUCUUUACAGGCAGUUGUCAACCUUCGGAUCCCCUGCUUUGGAGACAGCGAGCCGACGAACUCAAUCCUCCUUUCACCUCGGCUACACUACCUUGACAACAGUUUGACGCACUUCCGUUCUUACUUGAGAGGAGGGGUCAAAACUUAUGUAACAGCUCGGACUGUCCUCAGGCUGACAAGACAAUAACUGAUGGUUUCCAUCGAAGGCCCUUGCUAUCUCGGGUGACACCUUAGAUGUUAGGAAGGAGCAGCACGCGACUCGUAUUUAUUCCUGCUCUUCCGAUCACCCCUUCCGCCCACCCAUUUGCGCUUGUCUGCCUGGAGAAUUUCGCAAACGAAGCCGAAAAACGAAUAACUUCUUCCCAUUUGAAGGCCCGAAGCAGGAGGGCGGCUCUCGUUUGCCCGAUUUGUGGGCGGCUUCUUAACUCUUGGUCGCCAACUCGAGCAUUCCAUUCUGGGUCAUGCCAUAUUAGGUUUUCUUCUUCCGGGACUGUGCUACUCCCUUCUCCGGCACCUCGAAGCCUACAGCACCACCGGCAAGCGCAGGGUGGCCUCCCCAGCCAGCUUGGGCCAUGUUUCGUGGUAACCAAUAUGUCACUCCCACGCUGCAGCCUUCUGGCUGCAGUAAUGAAGGCUCUCUCCUUACUUCCAGCGCCCAAGUACACGACUGCCGGCACGAUUUAUAAUCCCAAGGCAGCGUCAUCACUCCAACCGCCCACUCGCCGCCCAAGGGCGCGCCGCUAUCCGCAGCCCAUUCAGGCUCCCUCCGGCGGUCCUUUCAUGCCAUUCCCUGACGCAUUAUUGUCGGCAUUGCCUCUCGAGGACCAGGCUCCUCCUUCGCCUCCGACAACUGCAUCCGUCCUUCAGCAGUACGCUCCGCUGCAGCAGAACUACGACCGAGCUGUCAGUCCGACUACGGAGGGUGAUAUUGCACUCCUUGCGGAAUACGAAAUGUCGAUGCCCAGCAUUCGUUCGGGGAACUUGCCCUCCCCGACAGGAUAUGAAGGGAAUAGCAGCACUUCCGCUGAGGAGACGUUGACGUCACGGAUUACUGUCAAGGGUCUCACCAACCUGGCCUCGUACCCGAAUCCUAUGCAAAAGGCUGCUCAGAAUACCCUGGCAAGAGCUCGAAGCGCCAAUCUGGAUCUCAGCCGUCCGGACACUCCCUCAUCACUUCCGUCAACCACUCCGGAUCUUCCCAGAGAUCGCCUCUUCAACACGUAUGGUGGAACAACGUUCGCAGCAGGGCCGCCUCAGCCGCUGAAGGCGGGUCCGCCCGGUCAGCGACCGUUCAAGCCGACUACGUUGGAAGCGGCAAGUCGAGCCGUCCGAAUUGACGACCAGAUCCCGCCCACUGCGGGUAGGUAUCAGUACAGAUCCCCCGUUGGCUUGCCAUCCAGCCUUGACAUGAACAUUUCUGCCAUCCUCGGUGAGGAUGACGGAAUUGGCGAGUCAGGCCGUCCAGUUCAGUUAUCACUUGAUGAGAGACAGUAUGGUCCCGUGUCGCGCAAUCCUCCCGGCCCCACUGGAUUUGGCAGCACCUCAACACCGGGUCAGUUCGACAUGCCCACGGAGCCAAUGGACGGGACCAAGAGGAAGGUCCAAGACACACUCCCUCCUGGGAGGCUCCAACAGUAUUUCCCAGGCGGGUUUCCAUCUAACUACGACGGCCGACACAAGCCAAUCACGGAGGACUGGCACACGAGGCAGCCAGCCGCGGACGACGAGCUCAUGCACGAGACCUUCUCGGACCGCACCACCCAGAUCAACCGAAACUUCUACGCUGGCACGGAGGGCUUAGUUCGGAACAUGGAACAGAUUGUUCGCGAUCACAACUACCGCCGCUUGGAGAACAAAGUUGGCGUCAUUGGCGGAGAGCGCGAGCGGCUCCGUGGAAGCCAUACUGAGAGACAGGGUGCUGAUGGCAAGAUGCAGCCGCCAGUCUUGAGUGUCGAAGAAGUCAACAACAUGGACGAUGCCGACGCCAUGAGACCGCUGCUCAACAUGGCGUUUGCCACUCUGUUGAGGUACAAGGAGGAAAGCGAGUCUGAUGGGUCGGUCCAUGAUGCACUGCCUAGGUCCUUCAUCCCGGCCGAGGAUGCGUGGAUCGACCACACGGAGGAGGGCAACAAGAGCUUUUUCAGCGAGCCCAAGGAGGACACGCCGAGAAAGAAAAAGAGCUCCAGGAAGCCAAGACGGGGAUACUGAGGCGCCUCCUCAGCCUACUGCAAGGAACCACUCGCUCAUAUCAGCGUCACGGGGGGCAAAUGCAUGGAGUUUGUCACAUCGGUUGAGACUUAG